AUGCUGGGCAAAAGCCUGUCAAAGCGACAGUUGUCUUCGUUAAAUGCUCAAUGUGAAGCGUUAGCGACUGGAGUCGCGGAGUUGCAGUCAGAACGGCAAAGGCAUUUGGUUUGGAUCCAACGUGAAGCCUCUGAGGCUGCUUCAUUGGAAUCGCAAUUAAGAGAACUGGAAAGCACGGAGAGUGCAGAGAGUGUGGCAGCUGCACCUGCACCCUCGCUGCCGAAUGAAGGUGAAGAGAAAGAACUGGAAAGAUGGCGGGCCGAAGAGGCGACAGUUUCAGAAGAACUUCAAACUGAGAGCGAAGAGGCCCAAAAGCAUGAGCAACAGAUCUCUGAGAAAAUGGUCCACAGGAGCAAGCUUGAAGCAGCUGUUGAUUCGCAGCAGCGUUUGCUUGCCAAAGCCACACAGCGUUGCACUGCUGUGCAGAGCGAGAGAGAUAGACUAAGAGAAGAAGAGAUCGUUCACGAGCAUGCGCUUGGCAUGAAAUUAGAGCAGCUGGAAGCCAAGAAAUGCCGAGGUGCUGAGAGAUCCAAUUCGUACUGGGAGAGGGCUCCAUUCUUGUCUACGGACUCAAACAGUUUUGAGAGGUACAAGGAGGAGUUACAAUCUGAGCGCGAGGAACUCCAGCAGUUGGAAGCGGAGCUGUGUGCAGCCUUGGUAGCGAAACAGGCGGCAGAGCUCCAUGCGCACUCUGAACGUCAGAAAGAAGAGAAGACUCAAAGAGAACGGCAGCAGAACUUGCAGAAGCUCACGAGGCUUCAAAGUACAAGUAGCAGUAGCAGCAAGCAGGAUGUGGGCGUGAGAUCCCAGCUUGAGGUCCGUCCGAAGGACAAUAUCGAUCAACUCCGGAGAACACAGCAGCAUCUCAGGCAAGAACUCCAAACACAUCAGGAUAUGCUGGCGGAAUUGCCCUUUGAAAGUAUCCAAGGUCCCAGCGUGGAACAAAUGAAGGAGAUGUUGAAGGAAGAUUUGGUGUUGAUGAAGCGACUUCAGGCCAGGAAACGGGACUUGGAAGUUCACAGUGACCAGGAGAGACGCCUCGUGGCCUCGCUACAGCGCCAAGUCGCCAGGGCCGCCGACCAACCGAGCGCUGAGGUUGACUUGACGAAGGUUGCUCAAGACCCUGACAAAACGGAGUGA